UGAAACAGGAAAAGAAGGGAAGAAGGAAGAAGAGGGAAGAGGAGGAGAGGGAGGAGGAGGAGGGAGGUGGCGGCGCCGUGGCGGAGGAGCAGGAGCAGGAGGGGGAUGGAGAGGAGAAGGCUCCUGGGUGGCAUGGCGCUCCUGCUCCUCCAGGCGCUGCCCAGCCCCCUGUCAGCCAGGGCUGAACCCCCGCAGAUCUUGGCUCUCCUCUCAUUUUCGGCCUCACGAAUGUUAGUUUGUUCUCACGCACGCUCAGCCUGCAGAAACCGUUAGAUGUUCCCAGGUCGCCACGAGGGAAGCUGAUGGUCCUGGACUUUACCAGAGCUGUGUCUGGAGGAGAGCCCUCUCUUCCAGGUCCAGGAUGUCCCUCAUCUGUGGGUGCUGGGCACAAGCUGGCUACUCUGUGGGUGCUGUGGUUGCUGGACUGACGUUUGAGGGACCAUCAGGACCAGGUGGAGCAAUGACCAGCUCUCCAGGGCCUAGGCUGGGUGUCCCCAUCCCGUGUCUGGCUGACCAUGCCCACCCUCAAGGAUAAGGAAACCUGCGUGGGUACCAACAAUCAAAGCUACAUCUGUGACACAGGACACUGCUGUGGACAGUCUCAGUGCUGCAACUACUACUAUGAACUCUGGUGGUUCUGGCUCGUGUGGACCAUCAUCAUUAUCCUGAGUUGCUGCUGCGUGUGCCACCACCGCCGAGCCAAGCACCGCCUUCAGGCCCAACAGCGGCAACAUGAAAUCAACCUGAUCGCCUACCGGGAAGCCCACAAUUACUCAGCGCUGCCAUUUUAUUUCAGGUUUUUGCCAAACUAUUUACUACCUCCUUAUGAGGAAGUGGUGAACCGACCUCCAACUCCUCCCCCACCAUACAGUGCCUUCCAGCUCCAGCAGCAGGUGCCUGCACAGUGUGGCCCUACAGGCGGCAGCCCCCCGGGUGCCGACCCCACCAGGGGCUCCCAGGGGGCUCAGAGCAGCCCCUUGUCCGGGCCCAGCAGAAGCAGCACGCGACCCCCGAGCAUCGCUGACCCUGAGCCCUCCGACGUGCCAGCAGACCCAGCAGCCACCAAAGCCCCCGGGAUGGAGCCCAGUGGCUCUGUGGCCGGCCUGGGGGAGGUGGACCCUGGGGCCUUCCUGGACAAGGAUUCCGAAUGUAAGGAGGAGCUGCUAAAAGAGUACAGCUCCGAGCAGGGCGGCGCCCUCCCUGACAGCAAAGACAAGACGCCCGGCAGACGUCGCCGCUUCACAGGUGACUCGGGCAUCGAGGUGUGUGUGUGCAACCGGGGCCACCAUGAUGACGACCUCAAAGAGUUCAACGCGCUCAUCGACGAUGCUCUGGACGGGCCCCUGGACUUCUGCGACAGCUGCCAUGUGCGGCCCCCUGGCGACGAGGAGGAAGGGCUCUGCCAGCCCUCUGAGGAGCAGGCCCGGGAGCCCGGGCACCCUCACCUGCCGCGGCUGCCUGCCUGCCUGCUGCUGAACACCAUCAACGAGCAGGACUCCCCAAACUCCCAGAGCAGCAGCUCCCCAAGCUAGAGCAGGCCCUGCCUGCGCCCGAGAACUUGGCGACGCAACCAGGGUAGGGGAGAACCAUGAGAGAAGCAUUAAGUGACUGCGUUCCUUUUUUUUUUCCCCUCUGCUCCUGCGUUUUCCUGCAUCUCCAGGUACAGUUUGGGGUGUGGGUGCCUUGCCUCCCAUAGAUACAGUGUCACGGAGGGCUGAGAAGUUGUCCUGUGACUCAUUCCUCAUACCCCACCCCGUCCCCCUUUACCUCUUUUCAAGUCACGUGUCACUACCUGCUUGGGUCAGAGAGAUGUGCGUUUCAGAAGCCCCCAAGGAGGGGAUGAGACUGUGCCCUGAGGUGACUCUUGGUGGUGGAGUGGAUUCAUGUUCUGGUGUGAGUUGAUGAGAACCUUGCUGCGUCUCAGUCUGAGAGAGGUGGCAGGUCUCAGCCCUGGAUGAAGCCCCAGUGAUCGGGAUUGUCGCCCCUCGCUGCCAGUGUCUCCGGAGCCGGAAUUGGGCUCCUCCUGUGGGAAGAUGAGAGCUGACCGGCGGUUGCGUGGCGGGUUGGUAAAGGGCUUGUGCUCUCAAAUUCCAGGUGACGAGAUCGAGGUGGCACGAUGCAUCCUGGAGGGGCCCCUUCCCAGCAGGUCCUGGCUGGCCGCAGACUGGUUCAAGUGUGGAAGAUUAUACCUGCCUUCUCUUUGGUUUUUUUCUUUAAAAAAAAAAAACAACAACAGAAGUGAGCUGAAAAUAAGAACUUGACCAGUGGGCAGGCAAGAAUUCUGUUUUGGAAAAGGAAAAUUUGCGGCUUUUUCCCAACUUGGCCUUCAAAGAGUCCUGGCUGCAGUUGAGCCAGAAGGAGAAGUUUUGUGUGCAGGCUUGGGUGGGGGCUAUCUCUGGAACUUCUGCGGAUGAGCAGAAGGCCCUGCGCUGUGGCAGUGGAUAGAGGUGCAGCUUUCUGCAUCUCUGCCCUUUUGAUCUGUGUCCACAGGUGAUCAGUACCCUCCCCCAAUCCCAAGUACACGUCUGCCGGCCUUCACGUCUCACUGUUCUCUAUGAACAAAUGAGGAGGCUGUGGGACCUGAGAAAGGGCGGUCCCGCAGCCUGACUCUCACACAGUAUUUUCUCUUGAUUCUGAAUAAGUUGUUUUGUUUAUUUGUUUGUUUUUUCAAACUGACCAUUUGGAAAAAAUGCCUUGGUUAUCUGUGGUUUUCGUGCCCUUUCCCUGCUCCACCCCGCCUUGAGUGGGGUAACUAAUUUUUGUAGCCUAUGUCAAGUGUCUAAGUGGCCCAGGUAGGAGGGCGAAGGCAGCCAUCCUGAAGGACCACAGGAUCCUUAUUAUUGUAGUUUGGCUUCAAAAACCAGUUGAGCUUUGAUAGGAAUAAUCUGAAUGGAGAAAGCAAACUGCUGAAACUAACAUUCCCUGUCCAGCCCUGUUCAUAUGAAGAGUUUGGUUCUUCCCCCACUCUUGAACGAUGACAUUCAGACUAGGCAUUGAUGUUAUGGUAAGAAAGGAAGGUAUAUAUAUGUAUAUAUAUGAAUACACACGUAUAUAUGUGUAUGUGUGGGUAUAUAUGUAUAUAUAUAUACACACACACACACACAAAAUAGACAAACCCAAGGCUGUGAGGUGAACGAGUGUCUGAGUUUGGAGUCCACAAAACCAAAAUCCAUGUUGAACAAAGUGCAGUCCGUAUACAGUGACUUUUUGGAUAACCUGUGUGUGUCUGUCCGUCGUGUGUGAGCCCCCAGCCCUGUUUUCCUGUGAAUACACUUUGAACGGCAGCCACUCUGCUCACGUUACCCACACGUUUGGAGCAGGCGCAGCCCUCUCAAGGUAAUUUAUUUUACGCAUUUACUGUUUACUGAGCAAAUGUCUGACUGUGCACUUGGGUGUACUCAGCAGCGCUGUCGGCGGCAGUCCCCACGUUUGCCAGAGAUACUGUGCUCCAAGUAGAGGUUUUACUCUACCCAUCACUGCAAUUUGCACAUUGCUCCGUGGACACUCAGAGGCCUGUGUUCUGCUCCCUGUAAACGGAAACGUGCUCUGAGCCUGUCUGCCUCCCUCGGCUGCUCCUGGCCCUCGGCCUCAGCCCCCGGGGGUGUCCACAACCAAUCGGGACAGAAGGCCAGGGUGGAACCUCAGACAGAAGCUGGACUGGAUCUUCAGUGUCAAGCUCGGACUGGCUGUGGCCCAGACGUCAGCCCUGCCCAGAAUUGCCAGGAGGGUUUGGCGGCCACCACAGUGCCAUAGGGCUUACCUCCCUGUGCUGAGGUCCAGCACGUGGCCGAUGUGUGGCGAGAGUGGGCAGAAGUGUGCCACAGCCCUCAGAUGCCUUUCCUGCCACCUUUUGGUUUUUGUUUUUUGUUUUUGUCUCAAACAACUCACUGAAGUGUCUCAAAGGAGAUCAAGUUUUACCAAAAUGAACCCUGCUUGAGUUAACUGGUCGAAGGGAUGGAUUCUGGCCCUCUCAGGAUUCCUUCUCCAGUCAGAGUGGGGAACUGGUCCACGUGUUUACUGCUGGGUUCACUGCAGCAUCCAACCCAAAAGGCACGAGAAGAAGAAAACGCAACGGGUGGAGCUGGGCUUGAGUCCAGCGUCACAGUCUGGCCCCUGCUACACGAGGCUGCCCUGCGUGACGAAAGGCGGAAGUAGGGAGCUGAAGGACUCGGGAGGGGGCCGGGGAGAUGUGAGGGAGUUUGGUGUUCCAGGUGAACGAGAAGAAAGGGGUUGGUCGAGGGUUUGGUGCUACAGUCGGAAGAUUUGCAAAUGCUAACACAUUCCCGUGUGAGGCACAUCACCUUUUGUCAGUUAUUGUGAAUAUGUGUAUUUUAAGCAAUAAGAUUCAGCUGGUCAGACUUUUCUGGGCAGUCUCGGUGACGCAUUUCCUGUGCUGUGAUUGUUCUGAAGACGGAGUGGCUCUAACCACUGUGAGAAGCCCAAAUAAAAUCGAUCCCCGAAACUCGACUGCUCUUUUUCCUUGCA